AUGGAGAACAGCGGUGCUGACGAGGCGGCACAAGGCCUGCCUCCGCCUCUUCGUAGACAGACACCAGUAGCAGAGGAGAAAUGUUCUUCCUCUUCCUCUUGGAUUCCCCUCGGAAAUGAUCCUGGCGCGUCCCUCGCGACUUCCGCUGACGAAGUUCGUUUCCCGGUCUCUGCUUUGUGUGAUGCUUCUUCGUCUCACGCCUCUUCCCCUGCCACCCUUUCCUCUCAGACGCACUCCUCUCAGGCGGCCGCCUCGACGCUUUUCCGCCACCAUCCCCGACGUAUUCCUGUCCCUGCGUGUUCGCUUCAGCAGCUGCUCGCUGCGCCCCCGCUUCCUCCACUCCGCCUCGACCUUCUCCCCUCUCCAUCCUCGUCUUCCUCGUCCUCUUCUUCCUCGUCCUCUUCUUCCCCGUCCUCUUCUUCCUCGUCCUCUUCUUUCUCUUCGUCGCUUCCACAGACGGUUCUUCUCUCUUCCUCUCCUCUGCUGAGUGAUCCUUCGCAUCAGCGAACUCUGUGGAGAAAUCGGUUCGACGUCGCCGCCUUCCCUCGACAGCAGGGCGGCUUCCCGGACUGUCGGAGGCUCGACAGGCGCGCAGCCAUUUCGACAGAUGUAAAGCCCAUCACAGGCACCCAGCGCACUCACAAGGGAAACCGAAACGCCGCCAGCGACUUGGCGGCAGCUAGCAACCAAAGACAAACCCACAUUCCGACAAACCCUACCUCUUUCUCUGCCCCUCCUGCUGUCCCUGCGUCUUCAGCUUCGUCUCGUGUAGCGUCAGCGUGUGGCUCUGAGCUGGCGGAGGGCCAGCGAGGAGAAGCGACCGGCGGGAGAAGUGAGAAGCGGCGACGUGUGUCUCCAGAGGCGGCGCCGAGGCAGAGAAAGCGGCAGAAAAAAGACGGGACCCGGCCGAACUCUGAGGACUCACGCGCAGAAACGGAGAUGCCUGCUGCGUUGCCGUGUGGCUUGUUGAGCAACGGCGUGGCAGACGAGCCAGAAAGGGAGGCAUUACGUGCGGCGAGUCCCCACCAGGGAACACGCGUGACACGAAACCGCGAGGGAAAAGCGGAGACGUGGUGUCCGAAGCGUCACGAAAGCCACGUUCUCGAAGAUUUCCUCGUGGACUUCACGGAACUGCAAGGCGGCCAGCCUCAAGGCCUGGAGCUCCUGGACACCCUGGCUGCAGCAACGGCUUCCUCGGCUGCGCCUGUCCGAAUCCUGCUUCCUCCGCCUCUUGCGGCUGCUGGCAAGCACCCUCCCAGCGGCGCGUGCCUGCCUCCCCAGACCGUUUCGGCCUCUGCGCCUCGUCUCCCAUCGCUCGCGCCGUCGGUGGCGUCCACUUCUCAGACUUCCGCAACGGCGCUGAAGCCGUCGGCGCCUGCCUCGGGCGCUCUGCGCCGCCGCGUCUCUUCCUCCUCGCAGCCUGAGCCUCCCUCGGGGCCUGCCGCAUGCAGAGCCUCGGAGGCGCAUGCAGAGUCGCUGCUGGCUUUGUUGCAUCGUCAAGUGCACCAGCGAAGUCUCACUGCGCCGUCGGCAGUGGUGAAGCCGCAGCUGCAAGAAGAAGAAGCCAACCUCGCGCUUCCGCCGCCGCUUCCGCUUCUCCAUCGCCAGUUGUAUCGGUCGCUGGAGGGGACUGCUGUCUCCAGACUCGCGUCCCUCACCGCCGCCUCGGGCGGGCUGCUCGCCGGAUUCCCGACGCUGAUUGCCGACGAGCGUUUGAAGCGGAAACUUCUGAGGUGUACGCGCAGACGCUUCCUAAUGCCUGGGGCCUGCCGGCUGUCGACGAGCAGCGCAGGCAGCAAGUGGAAGAUCCACAGGAAUUUCCUCUUUAUCAAGAGUCGCCUCGCAGGGAUUUCCACGGGGGAAGUCCCUCUGGACCCCGAUGGGCUCUCCUCUGAACGGCUCUCGGCACUCCCCGCGGAAGGCUCCGAGGCGCCCCACAAGCGCAUGCGCUCCUCCCUCGCAACUGCGCGUCCCGACCCAAACGAACUGCCGAAGCAGACGUCCCUCGCGGGCGCCCCCGGCGCGUCGUCCUCUGCCGCCUCGACGCUUCCGCUCCUGCAGUCUGCCGCGAAACGCGUGCGUCUCUCGCAAAAGUACAAACAGGCGUCAGUUCGCUUGAGCGUGGAGGGACGCGAGGCCUCGAUCGGCUGGGGGUGCGGCACGGUCUUGGCUACCCACGGGUGCCGGGAAGGCAGCUUCUUCUUCGAGGUGAAGAUCGGGCGUCUGGGGCAUCUGUCGGCUAGCCGCCAGCGACGCAACAGCGAGACACCUGGCAAGGCGGAGGGCAGUCGGCGGGGCGGGGAAACCGCGCCCGUAGAAGAGACAGGCCGAUCCGGGAAAGCGGACAGUCGAAGAGGCGCGGCAGGCGGAGACGAGGAGAAGAGGGGCGACGAGAGGAAGGAAGAAGAGAACAAGGGAGAGAAGAACGAGAGCGGGGAGGGCCUCCUUGACGCGGAGGACGACCGGAGCAGUCGCGAGACGCAGGCCGUUCUCAAGAGAGCGAUGACCCGCGAGAGAGAAGAAGACAUUGCGCGAAGAAGAAAGGCACGGAGCGAAAUCCGUGUGGGGUGGACGACACGGCAACAGCCUCCGAGCUGUCCCCUCGGUGCGACGGUGCAUAGUGUCGGCUUACGCGUUCUCGGAGACGACACAGGCCUCCACGGAGGAGCCAUGUGGGGCGGCGGCGAGGUGGUCUAUGGCGCGCGCGUCAAGGAAGGAGACGUGGUUGGCUGCUACAUUCGACUGGUGAAGCAGCCGGCCGAGACACCUGAGGAGCAGCGCGAGGACGGGAGGGGGUCGGAAUCGAGGGAAGCCAGUUCGAGCGAGCCUCAGGAAAACGUUUAUGCCAUUCGCACGCUCGCCGAUAUGGACAGUCUCAGCCAAGGCUUCUUUCGCUACGCAAAUGCCGCGCAGCCGCCCCGGACGUCUGCCGCGUUCCCUCAAUCAUCUUCUUCGACGUGGAGUCGCGGGUCGUUUGUUCAGUUCUCAGUGAACGGGAAACCCCAGGGCGUGUGUGUGUUCAAUGGAGGCAGCGACUAUCUGUUGAGGGACGGCGAGUACUUCCCUGCGAUCUCGCUGCUCAACGGGGGUGUCUGUACAGUCAACUUUGGCCCCUCAUUUCUCUUCCCGCCUCACAGGCUCCAGGCGCCCUUUCUCCCUGCGUGUCUGCUUCCCGUCCCGCGCCUUCCGCCCCUGACUGUCGACGUGUUUCCGUUCCUCAUCUGCGAAAACGCGUUCUUCGUCGAUCGGCACACGAAGCUCCUGCGGCCCAAAACCCUCGCCGACCUCUUUGAAGCUUCGCUCUCCCUUUCUCCGAAUAUACGCCGAGAGGACGCGGAGACCCAGCGAGGAGGCGAUGCGGCCGAAGGCCAGGAAGACGCGCUGGCGCGUGUCGUGCGCGGCCUCGCCGUCCCUGCCAAGCACGUGUCGCAGUUGCGCGCAGGCUGGCGGAAAGGACGCGAAGUCGAGCGCCUCCUGGAAAGCCUGGGCCGCCACGCCACCCUGCGGCUACUCCACUCGUGCUCUCUUUUUCUUCUCCACGCGCACCGUCUUGCCUGUGCCGAGAGACGAAGCGAGAGCGAAGCGGAUCGAGAGGCCCACGAGACGGGCAGAAGGGCGCGAACGGCGGAAGCCGAGAGUGGGGCAACGGGGCGAGGGGGAGACAGCGGGGCGGCGCCGGACCUUUCUGAAGUGGAGGUUGGAGCCGCGCGGGAAAUCCAAGGCAGCGCCGAGUCCAAAGAGGAGUCGCUCCAAGACCAAACGCCAGGGACGGCUUCGAACGCGGAGAGCAGCGAUCUCCAUGGUGCAAAUCGGCCCUCCCCUUCGUGUUCAGAGCGACCGCAGGGGCGUCGGGUUUCGGCUCGCGAAGCCGUUGCGAGGCCCGCGCGACGACGCAAAAGUCGCCUCUGGUCCCGCUGGAGAUUCGGAGGAACUGGCAGCGACGAGUCCUCGGAGGAGUCCGCCUGCGACACGCGCAGCUCGGACGCGUCCGUCUCCUCGGAAGAUUCCUUGGACGAGGACGAAGACGGCGAAGACGCGUCGAGGUGCGUUCCCGCCCAAGACACAAGCCGCGGCCGCGCCGGCUCCGCCGCUCCUGGCGGGUGUGCCGCCUCGCGUGCCCCGCGCUGCAAACUCUGUGAGUUGGCGGAGGCCCCCACCACGCCGCAAAUCGCCUUGGAUGACCCGGCCGGGGCGUUCCCGACGUUUUAUCUGCCUCGCGCGUCCUCGCUGUCCCCGCUCCUUCUCGCCUUUCUCGAACGCGAAGAGCGUCAGUGGACGCCCGUCGACGCGUCGCGUCUCCUUACAGCUGAGAAGGUUCACAGUUUGCGCCUAAAGCGGCGCGCAGCAGGCGCCGCAACCUCAGCGGGGCUCUCAGAGGCGCCAGCGUCUCUUUCGGCUGCAAGCGACAAGCUGGGAUCUGGAGAGAAGCGCGGCGGGCCAGGGAAGAAGGGAAAAGGCGGGCGGGGCGAGCGAGGCGGCCAGCACGGAGCGGCGCCUGUGGGAAAGGGCGCGAGCGAGGCCGACUGCGCAGUGCGACGCUUCUGGGCCGGCCGCGUCUACGCGCCUGAAGAGCGAGAAGCGAUUCAGGUCGGAAACGUGCCGCUCGAGGUGCCCGCAGUCUGGCUGAGCGACCUAGUCGACGGCGUGGACCGGGAAGAAGGCCUCGGCGAUGCGGACCCGGAACAGAGAGAGAAGCCCGAGAGUCUCGGCUGGCCUGGAGCCAAAGACGGCUGUUCACCGUGCGACGGCGGCGCCACCGCGAAUCGAGACAGAAGAGAGCAGACGGCUGCUGGCCAGCGGAAACGGCCAGCUGCCAAGUCGCAGCUGCCGGCUCCGGCUGCGACUUCGCGCCAGGGCUCGGAAUUCGACGGCCUCCGCUUUGUGCAGAGCUUCUUGGAAUGGCAGCCUGAGCGAGGGAUGUGUGCGUGGCGAGACGAAGGCGAGGACGCACGCGCGAUUCGAAACGCAGACUGCAUCAUGCGCAAGCUCGGCCUACGAGCCGUCGACAUCCUCGAGGGCAUCGGCGCCAAGAUCCAAGUGUACGUACACCAGUCCGGCCUCUGUCAGGCGCUCGUCAAAUGGAAGCAAACCGGGGCGAAGGCUCAGGGGUUCGACGCAGAAGAAGUGAAGGAACUCGCCUGUCGCUUCUGGCUACAGCAACAUGCGUCACACUUGCCUCUGUAG